AUGGCGGUCUUAGCGUGGUUUGUAGUGGUAGUUUAUGUAUUAUUGCCGGUAGAUUUUACCCAUGGUCUUUAUUUUCAUAUGGGAGAAACCGAAAAGAAGUGCUUUAUUGAAGAAAUACCGGAUGAAACCAUGGUCACUGGUGAGUUUUUUACCAUGCUUUUAACUCUCGGAGUAAACUUUUUCGAAUGCACAUUUCCUAAAAGUUAACCUCAUGAUUUCAGUAAUGAGACGUGCUCUGAAGCUAGAAAUUUAGCAAAAACUUUUAGCUUGCCCUCUAUCCUUUACAUAACUUAUCAAAGGUUUUUUUAAUACGGUCAUGUAUAGCAAGCCAUACAUUAGUAUUUAUAUUGUAUCCCUGCCACCCCACAAAACCUUGCAAAUCUGGAGAUAUUGAAAAAGAGCAUCCCAAAACCUGGAGAUUGGGUCCUCGCACUCUGAUAUUUCUAAAUGUGUGUAAGAUGAAGAUGGAAAAGGCAGAUUUUUAAGAUACCAUAGGACAAAUUUUAUCUCCUGGUAUCACCAUAUCAAUUGACUUUACCUUAUAAUAUUGCUCACUAUUGUAGUUUUUUGCUGCUUUUUUCGCAGAGGUGACUGCAGUGAGUAGCCAUUUUGAGUUAACUGUUCACAGAUUAAGCCUUCCCACAGACUUAGGGUGCUUUCCAUUUAGGUAAAAAAUCGGGAAAUUUCAGUGGGGACGAAAAUGGAUUUUCCGAUAGGUAAAAAGUUGUUCCAUCUGAUUGUAAACCCCCGGGGGGGGGCACUUGGGUAUUUUUUGGGUGGGUAUGUGCCGCCCGGGACUCCAAAUUGGUACCCCGUUCAAAAAAAAAUUUCCCCUAAAAUUGAUACCCCGUUCUAGAAUUCGCCCUAAAACUGAUACCCCGUUCUAGAAAUGGGCCAAUUUUUAUACUCUGUUCUAAGGUGCAAAGAGUACAACAGUUUGCUCGUUAACGCAUUGAACUGUAUUUUUAAAAGCAAUCUGUUCUUGAAUAAUUUCAAAUGGCUGCUUACAAAACGGGAGCUUUCGUGCGUUCGAAAUAUUAUACCCCGUUCUAGAAAACGCUUCUGAAAUGGAUACCCCGUUCUAAAUCAGGAGCUUCAAAAUCACGACCCCGUUGGGCAGCACAUACCCGCAUAGGUAAUGUAUGGGAGUACCCCCCCCGGGUGUAAACCCCAGAACAGCUCUGAGCCCGUUGCCCGGUGGGACACCAAGAUGGCUGCUGAGUUGGUAACAAUUGAAACUGGUAUAAAGUACAACAAACGUGUAAGUGGAACAUGAAAUUCCGUUCGAAAAGUUCCAUCCGGGAAAACGGGCCUACCUUUUCAGAUUUUCCACUUUUUCCUGGAAUUUUCCAGUGGGACGAACAGACGAAACGUUUUCCAUUUUCUACCGAACCAAAAUUUCUGAAAAUUUUAACUUAAUGGAAAGCGCCCUUAAGCUCACCUUUGUUUCAGAAAUGAAAUUUUAACUGGGAUGAAAAUGCCGCUGUCGGCUCCGUAUAAAUUGGAAUUUAUGGCAAAAAUAGCACUUGGGAAAAAUUCAUUGUUAUUAACUUUUUCCCUUGAGGGACCAUUGUUGAACAAUACCUUGGUUAAAAACGCUUCAAAGAAAAUAAAAGAAAAUGUUUGAAAAUAAUGGAGGAGAGUUUGUUACUUUGCUGCUCAAACAGCCAAAAUGCAAAAGUGAACAGAUGUCUCUUUCACUACUCAAACAAUAGAUUGUCACUGUCCUCCUUUUCUGUCAGUGCUUUCUGAGAGGAUUUUUAGGGCCUUGUAGGCCGACACUUCUAUCCAUUUCAAGGCCUCAGUUCUCACAUAUCAGAGAAGCCUUAAAUUUUUGUGGGUAUUAUGGCCGAAAGAUGCAGAUCUGUCUCAGUUGUAAGCAACUAAUUAUGCUGUGUUUUCUCAAUUCAAUGCUGAGUCUUAACAUAAAAAGCCCCAGGGAUGUGAAUGCUGUGCUAUAGAAACAGUUGGAGGGAGCCUAGUGUUCUGAAACUUAAGAAAUCCAGGGUUCCCAGCAUAUUGUUUUCUAGUUGCUAAGGGGCAAAAGUUGUUAUCCAGUUGUCCUUUGGACAAGCACUAUAUUAAAUUAUAUUAAAUUUUAUUGUUGGAAACCCAAGAGUUCUUGUCCAAAAAGUUUUGCUCAAAACUAAAAAACAAACCGGGCAUUUAAGGUUUUAAUCACAUUAUUAGCAUUGUAUUAAUAAUGUUCUUCAGUGACUUAAAUGUUAAUAUAAUAUCAUGCGCAAUCUUAAUACUAAAAAAUGACUAAUGUCUUAACAGGCCUGCUUACUAAGGCCAGAAAGACAAAGGAAAUGGCCACAGAAUGGCGAACUUAAAAGGAAUAUUUAACUUUAUUUCAUCCUGCAUGCGGUUAAUAGUAAUUGCUUUUAUGACUUAUAAGAUUAAUCUUAAUUCGACUGUAAUUUGAAGUCAAUUUUCAACUGUUCUGUAUUUUUUUGAUUAAAAAUGUGCUUGUCCCAUGGACAAGUCAUGUCAAAGCUUUAUAUGUAUGAACUAAAUUUCUUCCUGUCCCAGACAAUCGGACAUAGGUUUUGGCGCACCCUGUCUUGACCAUGGGACUCUGCUAGAACACAACCUUGUACCAUAAAGGUGCCAAGAUACAUUGCUUUUAAGAGACUGGAAUAAUAACCCCUUCUUGAAAAACAUUUGAACCUUAUAUCUGGGUUUUCCUUUAAACCAAUGCACCUAAUGGUCUGGAAAUACUUAUGGUUUUCAACAGGAAAAUACAAGACACAACUUUAUGAUGAGAACAUCGGAGAUUUUCUUCCCUCUAGUCCUGGUAUUGGCAUGCAUGUAGAAGUUAAAGAUCCCAACAUGAAAGUUAUUUUGUCUAAAUAUUAUGCAUCUGAAGGCCGUUUCACCUUUACGUCACAUUCACCUGGUGAACAUCUUAUUUGCCUGCACUCCAACUCCACUCGAUGGUCCCUGUGGACUGGAGGAAAAUUGGUGAGUAGGAAGAAUUUCACUCGUGGUUGAGUAUAGUGUACUUGGGGGCGUGGGAUUAAGCCAAAUUUUAAGCAAGGUUUUCUUGUCUAAGGACAUGCAACUAGAACUUACAAAAUACUAUUGGGCCUUUACUCUGAGAUAUGGUAAUGACAACACAAAAUUAAGCAAUACAUAGGAAGGUAGCAGUUUGGUAACUUAACCAUAACAGAUGAAUGUAAGUUUCAGUAUCUGUCACUAAAUAAUCGUUGCACAACUGGUUUGUAAAUACUGUAGAACCCCGUAAACUCUAUCUCUGAAAAGAAAUGAGAAAAACAGUUCUAAUUAGUGGGAGUUCAAGUUAUUGGGAUGGAGUGAAUAUGUUACAAGUCAAAAUUAAAUAAUUCAAAUAAUUCAUGAAUUUGGCCUGUAAGAAAUAUUCAAUUUCCCAUGUUCAAAAUGGAUAGUUACUGAUCGCUCAGCACUCCAGUGUAUAGUACAGUCCAAAUUUAACUUAUUUCAUGAGAAAUGGUCACAUGAUGCAUUUUUAUGAUAAAAUGUGAUAUUUUUGUUUCACUAGUGAAAUUCAAAUUGCUGUAAUGUUAAGUUUUGUGUUUUUACCUGCUAUACAACAAUGGGAGCUAAUGGGAUGGGAUGAGAUGGCAUCGGAGUCUGUUGGAAGAACCAGAAUUUGAGCCAGAGGAUAAAUUUCAGUGACAUUUUGAUCAGGGGAAUGUAAAUUUACUUCAAGUUAGUGGAGAAUUCGAGUUAUCUGAGUUCGAGUUAACCACGUUAAAAAGUUACUGAAAAGUGGGGUGAAAUCCAAACGAAAUUAAUAGGACUUAGUUUGAGUUAGUUGGGAGUUUGUGUUAUCCGAGUUUGAGUUAUCGGGGUUCAACCGUAUGUAUUUUUUUUCUCCACAGCGUAUUCAUUUGGAUAUCUCAGUUGGUGAACAUGCUAAUGAUUACCAAGAGAUUGCUGCAAAAGACAAACUAACUGAACUUCAGCUUCGCAUCCGUCAGCUCUUAGACCAAGUAGAACAGAUCAGCAAAGAACAAAAUUAUCAGAGGGUAGGUUGUAUUACUUGACCUGAGAGAUCUUUUUUUAGAUAAAUGCAUGUUAAAUCUUUUUAUCCUUCCAGCAAAUAAGUGGGUGAACUCGAAAAUAAUUUUAUUACCCAGUUUGAUUUGAAAGUUAGAACUCAAGGUUUAGCUUUGUGUAUUAAAGGAUUAUCAAGUAGGAGAAACUUUGGCAACCGUAAAUGACCUAAUAAAUGCCAGUAAUUUUAGGGGUCCAAUCAGGGGCAUUUAAAGAAGCGAGAAGCUUUUACUCUCAUAAAAGAUAUCAAGAGAAUUUAAAAAUAGCGGAAUAUCACUUAAUCAAUUUUUGAUACAUCUACGCCGUCGAGAGAUCCAUAUCGCUUUUUCAAUUCUAAACAUCAAUGUCAGAAUCCUCGUUCAGGGUUAUUGUGCUACCAUUGUUAGUCUAUCUUUACUUUGAACUUGCAAUUGAACAAGAUGAAGUAUGAAAUACCUUGUUUGUUGGAGUAAUUCUCAUAGGGGGCGUCAAUUAGACAGGGGGCGUUUAUUAUAGAGAGGCGUCUAAUACAAUUUUAUUCUGACAGAGGCUUUUAUUUGGGGGUGGGUGUUCAUUAGGUCAUUUAUGGUAUAGGUGAUACUUAUAAACAAAUCCUGUCUUUGGGAUUAUGUUUCUCUAUUUUUGAGUCUUAUUUACAUGUCAUUUCAGUUCCGUGAAGAGAGGUUUAGGCAAACAAGUGAAAGCACCAACCAGCGUGUUCUGUGGUGGGCUCUUGGACAAACUCUGAUACUUUUGGUGACAGGAUUCUGGCAGAUGCGUCAUCUCAAAGGAUUUUUUGAAGCAAAGAAACUAGUUUAA